AUGAAUGUUGACAUUGCUUUUGAUGGAAAUGAGUACACAUACAGUGGGUACUCAAAAAACUCACUGAUAGAAGACAAAAAUUACACCAUAGAUUAUGAAAAGUAUAUACAUUUUGCCUUUUUUACAUGUUAUUAUAUUUCCUAUAUAAAAAAAGAAAAAUGUGCAGACACGGAAGUUUUAGCUUGGUACUUGAAAAAGUUUAAACAUGUCAUAAUCAAUUCUACAAAAAAGGUUAGAAGGACAUAUUUUAAUUUAAUAAACAAUCUCAUACAAGAUAAAUGUGUUAAGGCUUCACUGGGAAAUAAUAAAAGGUAUUUAACGCAUAAUGAGCACUUUAUCUUAUGGGCAUGGAAAAGAAGGGCUUUAAAAUAUGAUAAAGAACAACUUGACAAAUUUUAA